GGGCAUCAGAGGGGAAAGAAAAAAAACGGGGAUGUGCGUAUGUCCUAUCACCCCUAAGAAUGUCUUAUAUACAUGACCACAUCAGAGCACCAAGUCGAAGACUGUGGUCCAUCAGUGAAUCAUCUCGGUCGAGGUAGAAAGUUUGUUUUCUUUGUAAUUGCAAGUCAACAUGUCAGGGGCAGAAACCAAGACAGAGGUCUUCACAGUGACAGACAUGGGAGAGCCGGCGGCAGAGAAAGACACCAGGAUGAACAGGAAGAGGAGCAUCUUUGAGCGGUACGUGCAGCCCUGCCUGGCUGAGCUGUUCGGGACGGGCUUGUUCGUGUUUGUGGGCUGUGCGUCUGUCGUCGGGAACACGGGAACAGCCGGAAUCAUCCAGCCCGCCGUGGCACAUGGACUGGCACUGGGAGUGAUGAUCCAGAUCUUUGGGCAAAUCAGCGGGGGCCACUUCAACCCCGCCGUGUCUCUGAGUGCCUACCUGUGCGGAGGGAUGGAGCUUCUUCUGCUCGGGCCCUAUGUCGUGGCUCAGAUGCUGGGAGGGAUGGUUGGAGCUGGUCUGAGCAUGGGAGUGUUCCCCCCCAAUGUGUCUGAUGCUAGCCUCGGAGGCGCUUUCGACGUAACCAACAAAGAUCUGGCAGCGACCACCCUGGCAGAGGUGAUAAUGACCGCCUUCCUUACCAUGGUGGUGUGCAUGGGGGCCAUCAACGGCCAAACCCGCUCCCCAUUGGCUCCCCUAUGCAUCGGCCUCACUGUGACAGCCAACAUAUUUGCUGGAGGCCCUGUGUCUGGAGCCUGCAUGAACCCUGCCCGAGCAUUUGGUCCUGCAGUGGUCAACAACCACUGGGACCAUCACUGGAUAUACUGGGUUGGACCCGUUUGCGGUGCGCUGUGCACCACCUCCCUCAUCAGGCUCUUGUUCGGUGAUCACAAAACCAGGGUUGUGUUCAAGUGAACGUCUAAUUUAUUAAAGAGGAAGACUGACAGCUUUUUGUAUUUCAAUGUUCAUACAGUGCAACAAUUAAACAUGUACAAUUUAAAUAUGUCUGAAAAAUGCGUGCAAAUAUGUUUAUCCUUGUACAAAUCAUAAUCAUUAUCAUGUAAUCAUUGACUAAAUUACACGUUUUGUCUUUCAAGAUUCAAUAAAGUGUUUGAUGAUGA